AUUUUCACCUGCAUGUAAUAUAUAGUGUGUAUAUAUGUGUGUGUGAAUAUGUAUAUAUGUCCCCUUUCUCAUCAUUCUUCUCAUAUUCCAAAUAUGGCAAAGAUUCUUCUAUUUUUUGUAAUUUUGAUUCUAAGUCUUAUUUGUUCAAGUUCAGCUACUAACUACAUUGUGGGUGAUAGUUCUGGCUGGGAUAUUAGUACUGAUCUUGAUACAUGGUUAGUAGGAAAAAGAUUCAAUGUUGGUGAUGUUCUUUUGUUUCAAUAUUCGUCGUUCCAUAGUGUGUCUGAGGUAACGAAGGAGAAUUUCGAGGGAUGCAACACGAGCAACGUGCUAGAUUCGAGUAAAAAUGGGAACACAACCUUGCCAUUGACAAAACCAGGGGACAGAUAUUUUGUUUGUGGGAAUAGGUUACAUUGUCUUGGAGGAAUGAAACUUCAUGUAAAUGUAGACAAUGAUAUUGCAACAUCAGCAGCAGAAGCAGAGGCAGGGGCCUCUUUUCCUUCUUCUAAGAGCAAUAAUCCUUCAGUUGUUCCUAGUUUUGCAUUGUCCAAUCAUGUUGGAUUGGAUUCUCUAGUUAUUGUAACUCUUGGCCUUUUGUCCUUGGCUUUUGCACUAGUGUAAACUUGAGGAUUUUCACAUGUUGAAGGUGUAUUAUGAUGCCUUCAGCAGCAGGUACAGGCACACUCACUAUAUAGUUGGAAACUUUUUAAAAAUAUAGAAUUUAAUCUUUAUGGGUACAAUUGAACUUGUAGCUUUA